AGCAGCAGCGGUGGUGAAACUGGUGAGUGCGCUCGCGCAAUAUCACAAUGCUCCGAGUCUCUCUCUCUCUUUCUCUCUUUUGCCUUUUCUGAGUACUUAUACUGCGCUCGCACACACAACGACGUCUUAUAUAUCGCCUCUGUUUGUGUAUGCGCGUGUGUAUGUACACCGUAGGGUUACGAUAUCUCCGCAUAAGACAGCAGCAGCAGCAGCAGCUUAUACCUACCAGUGCAGCAGCCGCAGCAGCCUCGUUGCGUUGUGCAACAUUACUCAUAAGUGUAACGCGACGUCUAGUAGUAGCAAAAGCUCCAAAGCUACGGGGGGGCCCCGCCGUAAAAAGGGCUCUCGUGCAGUGCUCCGCGAGAAGGACGACGACGACUACGACGCGAGCUGCUGCUGAUUUUUUAGUGCGCGACGCCGAUAAUUGUGUGCAUUGCAGCACGUGUGUGUGCGUAUGUGUGUGUUUGUGUGUGUGCACAAGUGACGCAGAGUUUAUCGUCGUGCGAGCGAGCCCAUACAUAUAAUAGGUGAAUUUCUUUAAGUAUAUUGGUAUACAGAAUUACUCUCGCUCCGGCUCUCCAUCGUCUCCAGUACAGCAGCAGCAGCAUCAGCAGCAGCAGCAACAGCAGCAGCAGCAGUAGAGCAGAGUUGGAGCUAUAUAUCUAUAUCUGCUGCAGUCUCUGCACUGCACAUACGUGUCAGUGCAAUCACACGCAGACGACGACGACGACGAUUCAGCAAAACUGCCAAGAACGGCAGCAGCAGCAGCCUACCCCCGAUAAUCCGCGCGCACGCCUUCGAGUGCCCGUAAGGGCUGAAAAUCACAGCGUGUUACACAUAGCAAUGGGCGCUCGCGAGUAAUCAUAUAGUGUAGCAGUGAUCGAGCUCGCUUCGGAUCAUCCUUGCAUCGUCGUCAUCAUGCACCUUCGACUGGAACUCGUGCAGCUACCGCUGCUGCUUACCGCGACACCCAUCGCCAGUACGGCUCCGCGGCCGUCUCGUCCUCGUCGAGUGGCGAGCCUCGUCGUCGAGUGCUUGUUCGAGCCGAACAGAAGUCGUCGUCAUUAGUCAUCGCGAGUGCAGUGCGUGUGCGUGCAGUUGUCCGUCUGUGCAGAGCCUAUCCUAUUAUAAAUAUAUAGUUGUAUAUAUAUAUACACAGUUAUAUGUAAUAUACGGGACACGCCGCGCGCUGGAGAGAAAAAGCUCGACCAAAAACACGCACAAAUAAUAAGAGAAGAAAAAAGGAGCUCACGCGUUAUUUCACCUUUUGCUAUACAAGGGGAGAGCUUGAUGUUUCUCACGAUCGUCGCGCAGUUCCGUUUUUAACGUACAACGCACACAUACACAAGAAGGAUAUAUAAAAGGAUAUUUAUUACGAAAAAAAAGAAUACAGAAUACACUGCUGCUCCUGCUGGUACGGCAUACAUAAUAUCUCAACGAGGAGCCGAGGGAGCUGCCGAACAGCGAGAGAGAUAUAGAGCUUUGGCGAAUAUAUAUAUCUAUUCCCCGAGAACGAGACGACGUGAGCGGCUGCCAAGUUUCUCGCUCCAUCGUCGUAGUCGUAUAGUCGUCCAUCGCAAUAUUCGCAAUAUAACACGGUAUAGGCAGUGUGCAAGUUGCAACACCGACGACUACUGUCUCCCUUUCUCUCUCUCUCUCUCUCUCUCUCUCUCGACUACUUGGAUUAUAAUGUAGACAUAGGCACAUUACAUAUAGACACAGUGAUAAUUCCGAGGCUGUGCUAUGCUGCUGCGACUGUGACUGCUGCGACUACCACUCCGAAACGUGUAUGCACAUGCAGAAACAUAUGCUGUAAGGCGAAAAAAGGGCCUCCCCCUUCUCAUCCUCUCUCUCUCUCUCUCUCUCUCGCUCGCUCGCCCGCAAUCGUUAUCUCUCCUAACCUUUUUUUUCGCACGCGCGCGCGAGUGAUACUCUCGUGUGCAGUGUGCAGAAUAAAAAAAACUGACUGUGCGUACUCGUCCAAAGGGUCGUCGGAGUACAAAGAAGAAAGAGGAUCGGCCUCCCCGUGAGUGUGAGUAGUGCACGCACGUGUAUGUGUGCGUGUGUGUAAGAAAAUCAGUGCAGUGCCACAUAAUUAUCAUCGUCGCGCGACAAGGUGGACAAAAUUGCCGCGCGACUGGGGGUUGAAAAAUAAACAUUGACGAGGAUUUAUAUACUGCUAUUUCGAUACACAGUAUAAUUACACUGCUGCUGUGCUGCUACUGCUGCAGCCCUAUAGUGCCUAUAUACAUACACCCUCUCAGUGUGUGUCCCUCUCUCUCCUCUCUUCUGCUACCCGCCUAAUACGAUUCUAGUGUCGCGCGACUCUGUCCGCUGCUACUAUACGGCGCUCUCAGGCUCUCUCUGGACUAUGUUUUAUAAAUAAAAAUACGUGUGUGUGCUGGUGCGGGUGCGCGCUUCGAAUUCAAGUGUCUCGUGUUGCUGCUGUGCGUGUUCGCGCGUGUGUGUGUGCUGUCUAUUAAGGCCUCCUUCGUCUUCAUCUAUUCUCUUCGUCUUUUUUGUUGUCGCAUCACUACACCAGCAGCAGCAGCGUGUCGAGAUAGAGCUUUCUUGGCAUACAUGUGCGUGAGUAUUGGUGCUGCUGUCGUCGUCUGUGCUACCACUGCUUGUACUACUGCUACCGUUAUUCGUCUGCAGCAGCGUGGAGCACGAGGAUGGCCGAGUUACGCUGCAGCUCGUGCACUCGCUGCAGUUGUCACCUGCAGUUCCAAUAUCAGUACGAUAAUAGCCGCCACUCGAGAUCGUCGUCGCCGUCUUCUCAUCCCUUUUCUUCUUUGCCCUGUCAUAUCGAAGACGUCGUCGACGUCGUCGUCGUCGCCUGUAACGUCGCCGAUGCGACUGACACUACUAACGUCUUCGGGCAACGACAGCGGGACUGCUGCUGAUGCAUUGAAAACACGACCUCCCGCGGAGGAUUGAAUUAAUUCAUUGUACCUGUGUGUUUACGCGCAGCAUCGAGAGAUUUAAUCAUACGGAGCGAAUGAACAAAAAAGAAGAAAACAAGUCAAGACGAUGAGACAAGCAACAGCACCGUCUUCUAUUGCUACUACUCUUCUUUCCGAUUCAGUCGCGUGAGAGAGAGAGAGACAAGUCGGAGCAAUCGAGCAAUUCUUCCACACUCGAUACACGUUCAUAGCGUAAUUUUGAAGUAUAGCGCGUGCGGCGGAGCAAUCGACACGACACGCAGCUGUCAGCUAGUGUACAUGUAAUAGCUGUAAAGUCGACCCUUGCCACGUGAUACCCCCCCGUGUGUACGUUAGUGCGUGUGUGUAUUCGUCGAUUCGUAUACCACAACACAAUCACGGCUAAGCGCAACGAGUAUACCACCACAGACAGUUCGCGAGUUGUGCGGUCUGCUGUAACGACGUGUUUGCAGCGAGCGAGUGCAACAUCAUCGUCGUCGUCGUGCACAAUCAUCUUCUUCAACUGCCUAGUCCCCCCUUGUACAGAGCGCGUCAUUCUGCUGAGUGAGAGUGAUGGCGUCCUCGCAAAAGGGUAUACAGAUUGGCAACGCCUGGUUCCAGAAGAAGAUUAAUCUGAGGCCUCAGCACCGGGGUGUUCACCUGGUCACAGAAGAGAUACUCAGGCAGAUACCGGAGCUCUGCCAAUUCUCAGUUGGCCUCUGUCACAUACAAAUUCUACAUACGUCAGCCAGUUUAGCGCUGAACGAGAGUUGGGAUCCUGAUGUGAGAGAUGACAUGGAAAUGAUGCUCAAUAAAAUAGUUCCUGAAGGAUUGCCAUACAGGCACAGCUGCGAAGGACCUGAUGAUAUGCCGGCUCACGUCAAAGCCUGCUUUCUGGGUUCAUCGCUGAGCAUCCCCAUAACCGAGGGCAAGCUGGCCCUGGGCACGUGGCAGGGCGUCUGGCUGUGCGAGCAUCGCGACCACGCGGGCAGCCGCAAGCUCGUGCUCACGCUCACGGGCUGCCUGCGCGACUCGGCGCGCAGCCCCCUCAGCCCCGUCAGUCCCAUCGCUUCGACGUCCAGCUAGGACCACUCGCACCCGCGUAACAGACGCGGAAAACGAUCGGGCAGCAGUAAUCUGCGCAAGUCGACCACGUCGAGCAACGCCAGCUAGCAGACGCCACCGCUGUCGUCGCACUCGAGCUACAGUGGCCGGGUGGCAAGAUUGGCCUCCAUGGAGAAGGAUAUAUAAAUAUAAAUUAUAUUACGUAACGAUCUUGCGAGACACCCUUCUGCGUGAGAGCCGCCGUGCUGCCCUUACGAGGACGAGGACGAGGACGACGACGUUGGACGACGAUGACGAAGAGGAAGACAAGAACAAGUGCUUCUCUACUUCCCUCGACGAUAUAUAUUAUUACUACUGCUGCCUGUGCAACGCAAAACGCGACGCAACAUACAACGCUGCUGCUGCGGCUCCGCAAGAGAAGAAAGACAAACGCAACCACGGUAUGGGCUUUGUUUCUCUCUUUCUCUUUCUCGAGCCAGGAGGACAGCUUCUUACCAAAAAAAAAUAUUGUACGUCGCUAAGUUCUAUUCUAUAUGAGGCGCGCGGGUGCGUUAAACUAGAAUAUUUAAAUCAUAAACGACAUUUACCUUUCGACGAAGCGAUCGAGUGCUGUAGAUUGAACAUCACUUCCCCGCCUCUCGAUUGACGAGAGAGAAAAAAAGACACACGCACUCGUGUCGAUCGAUCGGUAAACGUUUUAUUUUGCUUAGAACUUUAUUUUCUAUUAAUGGAUAAUAUAAAUGCGUAUGUAUGAUGUGUGAAACAAUCAUAUGAAUCAUUCCUGUAAAACAAGAAACGAAACGGUGAAAUAAAGAUAAAGAUUAUUAAAUAUAAAA